AUGUUCCUCGUCGUUAUACAAACGAUUUCGUCUAAUCUCAGAAUUUCAUGCAUACGAAGAUCAGGCCCAUUUGAAGACGCUUGGCCUUUUCUCACUCUCGAGAUCAUAUUAUCUAGCGGUGCAUUUNUUUCGAUCGAUUCGAAUAAUUGCCAUCAUUGCAUAUGUUCCUCGUCGUUAUACAAACGAUUUCGUUUAAUCUCAAAAUUUCAUGCAUACGAAGAUCAGGCCCAUUUGAAGACGCUUGGCCUUUUCUCACUCUCGAGAUCAUAUUAUCUAGCGAUGCAUUUCAGUUCACGAUCUACUUUGUUUUCGACUUCUACAUUGCCAAUCGAUCCAAACAAAUAUUCAUCAUGCAUGCGUGUCUUUUGA